AUGUCUCGGGGAGAAACAAACCCACAGAUGCAGCAGGAGGAGCAACAGCAGGAGGAGGAGCAGCAGGAGGAGCAGCAGGAGGAGCAGCAGGAGGAGGAGCAGCAGGAGGAGCAACAGCAGGAGGAGCAGCAGGAGGAGGAGCAGGAGGAGGAGGAGCAGCAGGAGGAGCAGCAGCAGGAGGAGCAGCAGAAGGAAGAGGAGGAGGAGCAGCAGGAGGAGCAGCAGGAGGAGGAGGAGCAGCAGGAGGAGGAGCAGCAGGAGGAGCAGCAGGAAGAGGAGCAGCAGGAGGAGGAGCAGCAGGAGGAGCAGCAGGAAGAGGAGCAGCAGGAGGAGGAGCAGCAGGAGGAGGAGCAGCAGGAGGAGCAGCAGGAAGAGGAGCAGCAGGAGGAGGAGCAGCAGGAGGAGGAGCAGCAGGAGGAGCAGCAGGAAGAGGAGCAGCAGGAGGAGGAGCAGCAGGAGGAGCAGGAGGAGGAGCGACAGGAGGAGCAACAGCAGGAAGAGGAGCAGCAGCAGUAG